AUAGCGUGAUGUGUUUGCAUGUAAUCCAUCUUAAAUAACUUAAACGUACUGUGUAAAAAAAAAUUAAAAAUUAAAUACUAAUGGAUAUUUUAUGUUUAUGAAACAUCGUAGUUGUUUACUUACAAGGGAUAACAAAUUGGUGCGACAGCAAAUGCAAUGAAAUCCCCCCGGUGAUUCCCUAAAAAGCACUAAUCACCAACACAAGGUGUGCAAUUCACAGAGACAUCAUGGGACAAAAGGCAUCGUCUCCAUCCACCUCUCAGCAAACUGCAGUUCCACGCCUUGUGAUAGCGAUCGACUUUGGUUCAUUCGCAAGUGGAUACGCAUACCAGUAUCGGUCAGAAUAUGAAAGAGAACCCUUGGAGAUUCAUAUUAACACGCAAUGGCAAAAUGGUGGAAUAUGUGCGAACAAAACAAGGACUGCAUUAUUGCUGAAGCCUGACCUUUCGCUGGGUGAGUUUGGAUACGCAGCACAACACAAGUUCAGUACCAUUCAGACAGAGGAGAAGGACGGCGACAACUGGUACUAUUUCGAGGGAUUUAAAAUGAUGCUCUACCACAAUUGUGACAACAUUAAUUCAAACACGACCGUGGAAGAUGUUAAAGGUCGACAUGUUCCUGCUACACUGGUGUUCGGGAGGUCCAUACAAUACAUAAAAGAGCACAUCCUCCAUCAUAUGCUGGAGAAUGGCGUUGAUUACAUCGAGGAUGAUACUAAGUGGGUAAUCACUGUCCCUGCAAUAUGGACAGAUCGUGCAAAGGGUUUGAUGAGAGAAGCGGCAACGGAAGUGGCUGGAAUCCGGCUUAACAAGCUGACGAUAGCUCUCGAACCCGAGUGUGCUGCCAUCUACUGCUGUCACCUUACCCGAGAACAGCUCGAAAUUAAGGACGGUGAUAAAAAAAUGCGUUAUAUUGCAAAACCAGGCUCCGUUAUAAUUGUUGUCGACAUUGGGGGUGGAACAGUCGACAUCACCACUGUACGCGUUAGAGAAGGGGAAACUCUGGAGCACAUACAUAAGUCAGGAGGUGGGCCGUGUGGAGGGAUGAAUGUUAAUGACGAGUUCUUUAUGAUGCUUGCACAAAUCACUGGCCAAGAUGUCUUUGAGAAAUUUCGCAUGGAAUACCGAGUUGAAUACUUCGAUUUACAAGCGUCCUUUGAACAAGAGAAGAGUCGGGUUCCGGCAAACGGCAAUCAUGAGCGAUUCAAUCUACUGCUUCCGGCUCCGCUAAAAGAAUUAUGGGAACGGAAAGGGGGACACACAGUCAAAGAUUUAUUACAGACUACAGAUAUUCAAGGGAUACACUUUGCAAAUUCGCGCCUAGCUUUUCCUCUGCGUGUAAUUUUGGAGUUGUAUGAUAAAUGUACCAAAGGAAUCAUUCAAUCUAUCAACAGCAUUUUGUCGCAUCCGGCCGUUGAAGGUUUGCCGAUUUCUGCUGUAUUGGCGGUAGGAGGUUUUGCCAAGUCUGGCUAUGUGGUUGAUGCCUUGCGAAAUGGGCUUAUCAGAAAGGAAAUCCCUGUACUUCGACCGGAAGAUACCGAAAUAGCCGUAGUUAAAGGCGCGGUUCUAUUUGGACACAAAGAACACGUCAUUUAUUCCAGAAUAAUGCCGUACACAUACGGUGUUGCUUGCGUGAUGGAUUUUAACACAAGACACAGAAAAGAGCACAAAUAUUAUGAUGGCAAGAAAUUCGUUGCAAAAAAUUGUUUCAGUAAGCAUGUAACUCGCGGUCAGACCGUGGAGCUGGGAAAAUGGAUCGACCAUAAAAAGUAUUACCCAGACAGUGACUCGCAAUUAUAUAUCACUAUCCAUGUGUUUGCCUCUGAUAAAAUUGACCCGACCCAUACUGAUGAAGAAGGAUGCAAAUUCGUAGGAAAGUUUGAUGUUAAAUUUCCGCAAUCCUCAUCUGUUGACAACAAAACACGCGCUGUACAAGUUGCAUUGCAAUUCGGUGACACGGAGUUGCAGGUGAAAGCCACCAAUCAUGAUGGGACGACGACAAGUGAAUGGUUGAACUAUACAUGAUUUGUGGGAUAUGUUACCAACCUUAAACAACAUGGCAACUAUUACAGCAUGAAUGUUUGAAAUUUUAUCUGAACCUUGUUGCAAUCGAUUUGAGAAACGUAUGUAUACGCUUUUCGGACGAAAACAAAAUAAGUAUAUCAGUGAAAAGUAAGAGUGCUAAAAUUCGCAAUUUUUUAAAACAAAAACAUCGGUCUUCCAAUAUAAGUUCUUUUUCUUGUAAAUGAAAAGUUGCGCAGUUUCUUACUGUUUAUGUUCAUGAAUGUGUUUUUGUGUGUGUUGUCUCAGUGUGAAUAUGCACAUAAGCCUAAUGAUACAGAUGUAGUGCAAGCAGUCAGUUCAGAUUCAUGAUUACCAUAAUAUUCAUAAAACAAUUUGUAAUUAGCCUUUGUAUGCUAUGUUUGUGUACAUAAACAUGCUUUGUAACAUAUUAAUAUUUUUUGUGUUUAGCAGUUAGCAUUUACACAUAUACUGAUACUUAUUACAAUUCAUGUAAAAAUUGUUAUUGCUCUAGCAUAAUUUAGAUUUUUCCAAAUGUGCUCAAGGUCCAUUAUUGCCAUUGUGUAUAUCAAAUAUCCAAAUGCACUUUUUGUGUGUAAAUAAAAUCCAAGUUGUAUUUUAUCCUUUAUGCAUGAUAGCAGUAAAAUAAGAUAUUUUGACAUGAUUUUAUGCAUGCAUAAUGAGUCCACUUCAAAACCACAAAAACAUAGGAGAAAGCGCAAUCAUAGUACUUUGAUAUAUAUACUAUAUGUAAUUCAGGAUGACUCUAUUAUAUAAUACCAAUAAUGAUUUUUUGUGCAUGUUUUUAAAUUGAAAUAAAUCUAUUCACUGUUAUUCUUAACGUAAUGCCCCUGGGUAGUCAGUGUUACUGAAUAAUUAAUAAUUUAUGUACUUAGAUACCUUCAGUGUAAAGAGUGUUCAUUUAAUGUGUUAAUGUGAAACCAGUCAUGGUUUUGAAGGUAUAAGAAGUGGAGAACCUAAGAUCAUUUAUUUAUUUUCAUUCAAAACUUUUAGUUAGCUUUUUCUUCUUACUUCUGUCAAACUCUUGCUUCAUGUUUGCUUUCAUAUGAAGCUUUUUUGCAAUGUUGAGUGAAAUGUGGAUGUUAAAUAAAAUUACACUGUCCUAUUCAGUAUCAUUGUCCUUCUAAGUUUUACCUUGUUUGUCCUAUAUGGAUUAGUGGCAUUUGUUAAGAAAAAAAAUAUCACGCUUGUCAAACCCUUAUUUUUCUGUAAGAGUAAUAAUUGUACUGAGACAUGAAAAUUAAAACAAAUAUAAGUGUUAAUCAAGAGAACUCCUGCAAAAAUAACAGGGUUGUCAAAUGUUUGCUUUCUUUCGUAAAUUUUUAUAACUACACAGAUUCUACAAAGUAGGACUAAUACCUGCUCAUACAAUCUAAUCAAAACAAAGCAUGUAUCUACAUCUUAUGCUCCUGAUAUAACUCAUUCAAUAAAGGUUGAAAUUACAUGCAUGUUACUCUUUUAUAAAAAGCAUGUAUGCUCUUAUUACACUUAGGCAACUAAAAAUCCAAGUUUUAAUGUAUGCAUUACGGUUGUUGAUCACAUAAAACUAUUUAGAAUAAUGUUAUAUUAUAGUGACUGACUUAUAAAGCAAACUUAUGUCUUUGUUAUAUCUACCUGAUAUUUUAUGCCACGUAACAAUAUUGUUGAACAAGUCUCUUAUAAAAUAGCAUGUGUACCAUUACUGAUACCAAUCUAAAAUAUAAUGUGACUUUUGUGUGUUAGGGUUUUAAUCAAAUGAAACUCUGCAUUAUAUAUGGUAUUUCAAAUGAUACGCGUAUCAAACUUGUGUAUUUUCGUAUGUUUAUCUGAUAAUAUAUACGUGUAAUCAGCGUUUACGAUCUAAAUUAAGAUAUGUAGUACCAUUAUUACAUGUAUUAUAUGUAUUUCUCUGCGCAUAUAAUCAAGAAUGUAUAUAUUCUUCAUGUAUGAUAGUGUUAGCAUUGUACUUUGAUCGUACGCAUGUAACAAGCGCAUUAUCGAUUUUUAGUAAAUGCUACUAGUACAUGUAUAAAUUUGUAAAAUAGUCUAUGUCAAUUAUACGUUAUUGUUAUGCACUUAUGAUCACAUGAAAAUAACAAUAAUCUUUCAUAACAAUUCCAAUAGUAUUUCAUUUAGUGAUUUUUUUUAAAUAAAUAAAAAAGUUAUUCAUUUCUUAAUAGCAUUGUUUAAGCUGAUAUCAGCAUUCAAAAAAGGUGAAUGAGACAAUAUAAAUCUAAUACAUGUUGUUUAUUAAAAAUUAAAUCAACUUUAUAAAUUUAAAACAUUCUACGAAAAAUACUUUAUUUAAACAUAACUUUUCGAAAAAUAAUUCUGAAAUUAACUAUUUACUGAUUGCAUAUGUCUGUUUAUCUUUGUAAUGUUUAGCCAAGCUGCCGAAACACAUAUUGUCUUUUUUACUUUUAUGUUCUUCUUAGUUUAUUGUUUUUUUUGUUGCCGUCCACUAUAUGUAGAUUUUGCUUAUGCUUUUUUAUGUAUCUAUUGGGGACCAGCCGUUUAUUGCGUUCUUUUCUCACUUUUGUGAUUAUUUCUUUUUACUUCUUCAUUUCUAUGGAAUAUUCAUCUUUUUGUAUCCCUAAUUUUUGUUUUCUAUUUUUGUUUGUAUGUAUGGACAUCUUAUGUCUUAUAAUAGAAACCAACUGGACAUGUUUUAAAAAAGAAACUAACUGGAUAAGCACACACAAAUAAUCAUUUACAUUACCCUCAACCUUUUUAAAUGAUUAAAUUAUGUACUUUGAAUGUAAAAUGGUUAAACAAUAAAGACAAACGCAUCAAAUGGUUAGAGAAAAAAAAGUAUAUGCCUGUUACAAGAAAGUCACUUGCCACAUACUUAAGCACAUACCUUAAAAGAUGAAUGUGACGGAGACAUCUAUCUCAGUGGACAACAUACUAAUAAACAAGGCAUUGCCUAUCUGAUAAAAAAUAAUAUAGGGAUCACGGUCGAUAAUUUUAACCAAAUAAUAAUUGGCAGACAAGCAAGUAUAAAUAUCAAAAUACACGAAACACAAUUAUCAUUAAUCAAAGUUUACGGCCAUAACAUAGAUGAUUCCACGUUUUACGAAACAUUACAAUCCUUUAUAAUUAAUAACCAAGAUAAAAACAUUAUAGUCGGUGGUGAUUUCAAUACUGUUCUUAACACAUUAUUAGAUAAAAAGAAGGGAAACCUUUAUACUCGUCCUAAAAAUUGAAACAUUUUAAAUAACAUAAUUGAAAACUACAAUAUGAUAGACAUCUGGCGUACAGUAUAUCCAAACGAAAGCAAAUUCAUCUGGCGCUUAAACACAAAACGAACAAUAUUUUGUAGAUAAGACUAUUUUUUUUAAUAUCUGAGUCACGUUGCAACAUUAUUGACACAUGUAGCAUAAAACCAGGAUUUAUGACUGACCACUCUCUAAAAUCAAUCAAAAAUCUAGUUGAACUUAAACUACACAAAAUACAACCUGAAAAGGGCCCCGGAUACUUUAAAAUUAAUAACAACAUCUUAAUAGAUAUACAAUAUAAAACGCAAAUACAACAAGCAAUAUUCAAUACAGCUCGAAAUAAUAAAGAUGCGAACCCAAACACCUUAUGGGAAGUAAUUAAAGUAAAUAUACGUAAUAAAACAAUUAGAUACACAUCAUGUUAACAAAAGAAAAACACACAAGCUUGAAACUGAAACCAUCAAAAUCAUUGAAACACUUGAAAAACAAGUACAGGAAACAAACACAAACGAUACCAAAGCCAUUGAAAAUGAAAUAACAUCUAAAAACAAGUAUUAGAAAAUUUUUAUCAUACACAUCUCAAUGGACAAAUACUACGAGCACGUGCACGGCAUUUUGAACGCAAUUAAAAACAUACAAAAUACUUCGCAAACAUCGAAAAACGUAGAAGUGAACAAAAAAACCUCUACACAAAUUAGUUGUCAAUGGCGAGGAUAUAACAAACAGAACUCAAAUACUAGAAGAACAACGUUUAUUUUUCGAAACCCUCUAUAAACGAAAACAUGUUGAAACUAAUACCCUUUUUAAAAAUACACAUCAUGCUUUAAAUCAAGAGGAAAAACUACUGUGAGAAGGAUAACUUAAUGAAUAUGAAUGUGGAUUAGCACUAAAAGAAAUGCAAAAUAACAAAAGUCCAGGAUCUGAUGGCAUCACAAUCGAAUUUUAUAAAAUAUUCUGGAAUGAUAUUAAAAUACAUUUAAUUAAUUCACUUAACUAUUCAUUUAAAAACGAAAACUUAACUACGCUACAAAAACCAGGUAUAAUAUCACUCAUUCCAAAACCUGAAAAAAACAUAGAAUCCUUAUCAAACUGGCGCCCGAUAAGUUUACUGAACAAUGAAUAUAAAAUUGCUACUGAAAGUAUAUCAAACACAAUUAAAAAAAAUAUUACCAUCAAUCAUUUCAAGAUCUCAAUCUGGUUUCAUUAAAGGAUGUUACAUUGGUGAAAACGUACGUCUGAUACAAGAAUGCAUACAUUAUUUCAACCAACCAAACAAUUCUGGCCUCAUUUUCUUUGCAGACUUCAAAAAGGCUUUCGAUUCACUAAACCAUUCGUUUAUGUUCUCUUAUUUGAAAAUAUGAAUUUCGGUGAAAGUCUAAUUAAAUGGAUUAAACUAUUUUAUACCGAUAUUAACAGUAUAAUAAUCAACAAUGGCUUUUUUUCAAACAGUUUAAACAUCAAACGAGGGGUAAGACGAGGAUGUCCACUUUCAUCCUCGCUAUUUAUUUUAUGCAUCGAGUAUCUAUCACACUAUAUACAAUCAAAUAAACAUAUAAAGGGAAUAUCGCUAGAACCUGACGAAGAAAAUAAACAGUCCCUAUUUGCUGACGAUGCAACUUAUUUUUUAAACGACAAUAGUGACUCAAUAAUCUUAUAGAAUCUCUUAACCUUUUUUGGAAUGGCAUCAGGUCUUAAACUAAACAAAAGUAAAUGCACUGUGCUACGAGUAGGUAAAUUUAAACAAAGUAAUAUUCAUCCAUCUUAAAAAAGAAAUGGAAUUCAACUGGACAUCAGAUAAAGCAACAACGUUAGGAAUAACCUUUACAAACAAUGAAAAUGAAACAAUUCUAAAAAACAUAUUGCCUAAAUUACAAAAUUUAAUUUUUUUUAUUUAAAAUCAUGGCAGCAUCGUAAACUUACACUAAUCGGAAAAAAACACUGUGUUGAAAACGUUUUCACUCCCUACAUUAAUGUAUACACUAACAGUUCUCCAAAACCCACCAAAUGAUAUUAUUGAAGAUAUAAAAUCAGAAAUAUUUAAUUUCAUAUGGGACGGUAAACGUAAUAAAAUAAAGCGAACUGAAUUAGUUCAAUCAGUAGAAUAUGGAGGUAUCAGACUAACGGAUAUAGAAUCAUUCCUGAAUGCAAUCAAAUGCAGUUGGGUUAAAAUAAAUUUUAAAUAUACCAAUACGAGUAAAUGGAAAGUAUUCUACCAUACAAUUCUUAAAACAUAUGGUGACUCCUUACUUUUUCAAUGUGUUAUCGACAAUAAUAUCUUAGAUGAAAUUUCAAACCAAAAACAUAUUUCUAUCGAAUGUUCUAUCGUCAUGGUGUAAAGUUACUCAUAAUUUAGAAACCAAAAUAAACAGUAAAAUCAUUCUAUGGAACAACAAAGACAUAACUACUAACAAUAAAACGUUUUUCUAUAAAUAUUGGUUCGAACAAUACAUAAAAUAUGUAGAUCAAUUGUACGACUACAGAAUAAACGACUGCUAUUCUUUUGAUAACUUAUGCUACAUAUUCGGAAUACCUUUAAGUAAUUUCCUGAUGUACUACACAUUGAUCAAAAGUAUACCCAUACAUCUUAAAGCUGUAACCAAUACAAAUAGCACACCAUCUACUCAAAAAACAUUCGUAGAAAACAUAAUUGCAAAACAAAACAAAACGAACAAAAUAUUUUACACACAUCAAAUUAAAAACCCUGCCGAAAUCUCUAAAGCUCAAACUAAAUGGAAAAAUCUUCUUGGAGAAAAAAAAAUAAUUGGAAACAAAUAUUUGUCAUGUCAUGUAAAUCAACUACUGAUAGCACAUUUAGAAAGUUUCAAUAUAAAUGCACCCAGAGAAUCAUAGCUACAUAUAAACAUCUUUUAAAGUGCAACAUAUCCAACACAAAUCAAUGUGAUAUAUGACAAUGUAGUGAACAUAUUGAAACAAUAGAACACCUUUUCUGGGAGUGAAAACAUAUUCAAUCUCUAUGGAAUCAAUUGGCAACCUUUCUAGAGAAACAACAAUUAAAUGUAAAACUUUCUCUCGUAUUUAUCAGUUCAGGAGUAAAUACCUUCAAAAUACAAGAGAUAAAUAACGCCGUGAAUUACAUAAUUAUAUUAAUGAAAUAUUUUAUAUUCAGCAUGAAAUACAGAAAACAAACACCUACAAUGAACUGUGUUAUCAAUUAUUUAAAGCGAGAUUAUACGAUUUUUAUAUGUGUUAAAUUGUAAUAUAUUGAUACAAUAUGUUACAAUAACACUAAAUAGACAAGAAAAAUUAUACAUUGAAGACGAAUUUUAUAAAAUUCAGCAAACACAAAUAAGCGCCCCGAGCCGAUUGUGACGAAGAUAUUUCGUACAUAUUUUCUUACAAUAACCGUUGCAUUCGUGUUUUAAGAUAGUGUUCGUGUGUCGUUUGAAAAGAUAUCAUUGCAGGAAUUUAAAAUAAACCGUUAAACUAAAUUUAGAUUCACAUCGUACAUGCAUGAUUUACAUGCUGGCGAAUUUGACUGUACAGACAUUUUCGAUUUCAGAAUCGAUUUUUUGACACAUGUUCUUCUUAACUUUUAUUUUGAUGAUAAUUGCAAUAUAUGUUUAAUAAGUUUUUUACACAUUUUAUAUAAAUUAAUAAAUAUUUGACAAAAUCGUAUAAUCUCGCUUUAAAACUGAAGAUUCAAAUUGAAAUAGAAAUUACCCUAAACAAUGAUACACUUCAUAUAUCAUAUAUUUGAACAAAAAUGAGAACACAUUAAACUUUCAUAAACAAGUCCAGUAUGCUUUCUACCCACUUAAUGCAACUGAUCCUUAUUCAUAACUAUUCUGUUUUUUUUUAAACACCUAUCACAAACAACCAAAAGACAAAAUACAUGUUAAAUUUUUUUUAAUCAAAAGGGAACCACAAGGUCAAAAAAGUAUAUAUUAGCACAAUCUUGUACAACAUGUUUGAACAUUAUUGCUGCUACAUGUUUUGUUUUGGUUUUAUGAUCAUAUACAUGUAUACAUUGUAUUUCUUAUAUUGAAUAAUAAAAAAAGAUAACACAUA